GAGCCUCCGGGUCCAGAGGCACAAGGCAGCCCGACAGAUGGGCGGCUACCCGCCUGCAGCAAAAGGGGCCGACGGUUCGGGCUUGUCAGCGUCCUCGGGAUGAUGGGCAAGCAGCUGGAGGGAUUCAACGGGAGCUGCUCUGCCCCGGCCGCCGCUUUGGGAUGCUGAGCCGCCGCGUCGUCAGCAUGUAGGCAGCGCUGCAGGAAGUGCUUGAGAGUUCAGGCGAGGGAGAGAGUUCGAGCGGCUUUCCUUUCGGGCGAGGCUCACGAGGGAAAUCGGGCCGAGCGACCCCCUUUUUUAAAUAUAUUUUUUUCCUUCAGCCCGGGACGCAGCUGCCGCCUCACCCCGGAGCAGACGGCAGCCCGCGGCGCGGCGCCCACCCCAGCUUGCAAAGGAGCGCCUCCUCCUGCGAUGCCGGUUUUAAUUUCUCUUGAAGGCAGCCGAGAGACGUCGGCUUGCGUGAAUGGGCGGGAUUGAUGCCCUUUUAAUUAGGGUUUUCCAGCUCGAUCUUCCAAGUGAUCGGUGGCUUCCCCCCCCCCCCCCCCCCACCCCCUCUAAGGCUAAGACCUACGGUUAAAAGAUGUACACGUUUGUGGUGCGAGAUGAAAACAGCAGCAUCUAUACUGAAGUCUCUAAAAUUCUCCUCUCCACCGGACAAUGGAAGAGGCUCAAAAGAGAUAAUCCCAGAUUCAACCUCAUGUUGGGCGAGAGAAACAGGCUGCCUUUUGGGAGGCUGGGUCAUGAACCUGGACUUACACAGUUGGUGAACUACUAUAGAGGGGCUGAUAAACUUUGUCGAAAAGCUUCUUUAGUGAGAUUAAUCAAGACAAGCCCUGAAUUGGUGGAGGCUUGCACAUGGUUUCCAGAAUCUUAUGUGAUUUAUCCAACCAAUUUGAAGACACCAGUAGCUCCAGCUGAGAAUGGGCUUCAUCAUCUGAUAAACAACACAAGGACAGAUGAAAGGGAAGUCUUUCUGUCAUCCUAUCAGAAGAGGAAAGAGAGUGGAGAAGGAAAUGUGUGGAUAGCCAAAUCUUCAGCAGGAGCCAAAGGUGAAGGAAUUCUAAUUUCUUCAGAGGCUACUGAACUUCUGGAUUUUAUAGAUAAUCAAGGACAAGUGCAUGUGAUUCAAAAAUACCUGGAGAAGCCUAUGCUCCUAGAACCAGGUCAUCGCAAAUUUGAUAUUAGAAGUUGGGUCCUAGUGGAUCACCAGUAUAGUAUCUACCUCUACAGAGAAGGUGUUCUACGGACCUCUUCAGAACCUUACAAUAGUGCUAAUUUCCUGGACAAAACCUGUCAUUUGACCAAUCACUGCAUACAAAAAGAAUAUUCUAAAAACUAUGGGAGAUAUGAAGAAGGGAAUGAAAUGUUUUUUGAAGAGUUUAAUCAGUACUUGGUGAAUACUUUGAACAUUACUUUAGAAAAUACAAUUUUACUGCAAGUCAAAAAUAUAAUAAGAAACUGCCUUAUGUGUAUAGAACCUGCUAUCAGUACCAAACAUCUUCAUUAUCAGAGUUUCCAGCUCUUUGGUUUUGAUUUCAUGGUGGAUGAGGACUUGAAAGUUUGGCUAAUUGAAGUCAACGGGGCUCCUGCAUGUGCCCAGAAACUUUAUGCAGAGCUUUGUCAAGGUAUCGUAGAUGUAGCCAUCUCUUGCAUCUUUCCUCUGAAUGAUACCAUUCAAAAACAGAACCAACCAUCUGUAUUUAUAAAGUUGUCAUAAUUAAGGAUAAAAUGAACACAUUGGAAAGCGUCCACCUGUUUGGAUCCAGGGAAGACCAAGAAACACUGAACAUUGCAUCUGCACAUCAUGCCAAAAAGAAGAAGGGAAAAAGUGGCAUAAUUUUUUAAUUUCAGAAGAGGAACAUUUCAGAGGAAAGCCCCAGAUGAACCAAAAAGCUCUCAUCGACUCUAAAUGUUUUAAAGCAUUGUUUCAAUAACAAAUCCUGUUACCGAAGCCUAUCUUUAUGUUUGAGGACAACGUAAUUUUUUUUUUAAAUGUCAGCAAAAUCCAGGGGUAUGAUCAAGUCUUGUCUUUAUCUUUUUCCUUCUAAUUUAAUAAAUUGUUUUAGCAAACACAAGUAUCAGUGUCCUUGAGAGACUGAAAAUUUUUCCACUAAGAGUUGUGGAUUUUUUCUUUCUUUACUUGCUGCAGUUCUAGUGCCUUAGCUUUGUUCCUAACAACUCUCCUAAUUUGUUUUGUUUGUACAAUGUUGCUUUUAAACUAAAACAAAAAAGCUGCCCUGUUUUGCGUGGUAUGAAGUUUCUUCAAUAUCUUUGCCUUUAUAUAUAUUUAUUUGUGUGUUCAUUUUUUUAAAAAAAAUGUAUGUUCUUUGCAAGAAACUAACUGUGGAAAACUGCAAAACUGUGUCCUUUUUUCUUCUGACAAGCUGGCACAAUUACAAAAUCCUAUUAUAUUUUUGUGUUUUUUUAAAAAAAAUCUCAUCCCUUUGCUUGUCUUUCUACCUUAUGGAAAUGUUUCCAAGAUCGUGAAAUGGAAGCUUUUAAAGGACCUUGAUCCUUUCCUUGUUCCACAAAUAUUGGUUGGAUUCAUACAUUGCGAUGACCAUGAUGUGUGAAUUCACCCAGUAAGGCAUCAUAAUGCAUGGAACCCAGACCAUUAUUCUAUAAACCAUGCUUAAAUUUGGGGUUAAGUAAACAUAGUCAUUUCUCAGUUCACUUGGCAUAGCAAAACAAUGGCUUGGUUGUUGAAGUCCACAUUAUUCCAUCUCUGUCUAUCAUUUGUGUAUUCGUAUUCCCUUUCUAAUUUGUCCAAUCUGAGUAAACGGAUGCUAAUCACAUCCAAAGUAACCGAGUCCAAAUCAUGACUGAAAAUCCAGUUAAAACCAUGUGCAGUAAGCAAAGUGAUACUAGAGUAGAUCAUAGUUCGAGGGAAGGUCAUUCCUGUCUCCCAAAUAAGUGGCAGGGCAAUUGUUUUAUCCCAGUUCUGCAUUUCUUGCCAGCAUUAAGUAAUCCCAAAAUAAUGCAGUUAGGUUCAGAUAUUGUAAUAUGCUACAGUUUGUUACCACAUCACAAUUGGUUGGUUUGCAUAAGCUGAGCCAAAUUAAACAAGCUACAGAAUUGCUUAGCAUAUUUUAAUUGAAAGCCACUUUGAAUGUUUUGUCUUAUUGGAAAAGUGGCAUAUAACACUGAAUAAAUUGUACCAUGCAUGAACCCAGUCAAUAUGCAUUAGAAGUUAAGAAGUGAAGACUCUUCACUAAGAACCAGCGUUCUUCCUAUUGCUCUUCUAGAGAAAGAGUACAUAGGAGAAUGGUUGGAUCUAGGGAACUUGCUGUCAGUCCAUAGGAAGAGAAUGGAGUCUAGCCAGACAUCACUCGUGUCUUCAUUUCAUUGGUCCUCUUCUAAAAUUAGGGCUGACAUGGAUAUGCAAACUUAUAGUCAGUAAGAAUGUAUUCAAUAAAGCAACAUAACUGAUUUUUUAUAACCUAUCAUUGCAAAAUAUUCUUUCUCAAUAUUAAAAUAGAACUUUCCCAGAGCUAUUUCAUGCCUGACCUCCAUAAAUUGGGCAUUCUCUUAUCAUAAUGAGAAGAUAACUUCUCCUUAUUACACUGACAUAGUUUGUAUAUUUACAAAAGGCACUGAAUCCACAGACCUUCCGAUCCUAAAAUUAACUAUUUUAUUUUAGUGUGUAAUUUAUUAUAUUAAAAAAAAAUAACUGUCUCGUUGCAAGACUGCUAGUUUCUGUCUUAAGCAAAACAUGUUACUUAGGCCAAGUGCAAUGGGAAAAAUCAUACUAAAACAUUUAAGGCAAGAAUUCUCUUAAUAUUCAAAGAGGUAGGCAAAAUAGUUCAGAUUACAUAACUAUACUAUCAUGAUUCCUUGGGAAAAAUGAGGGUGUCACAAAUAUAGCAAAUAGUGUACUGUAAACAAGUCUACUGUAUAAUCUGUUAGUGCCUUCAGAAUGUUUAGCAGAAAAGGAGACACUAAUUGCAAAUGUAUAUCCUGAACUUAUAUGUACUUACUUAUGAAUAGGUUCAGUUAUUUGAAACUACCUAUGGGUACUUGGAUCAUAGCCUUAUGCUGAAAAUUCAGGAAGCCACAACACACUUUGCUAGUAUUUCUUGUUAAGAUAGUUAGACGUGUUAUAUAAAUACAUUGUCAUUCUAGAUACCACUGCAUGUUGCAUGCUAUAAUAUUUUAGGUCAAAGCUGUAGGACAGCUUUACAAUUUAGGAAGAUGAGAUGAAAUUAGCCAUUUGUCAGUGGACCUAUGAGUAUGAUCUGGCAGAUGUAAACCACCAGUUAAAAGUCUUGCUUCUAUUGAAGUAAAAAAAAAAGGAAAACUGAUUGAAUAACUAUUUGGAAUUGUUGGAAGACAAUUACAGUAUUACUCCUAAUUAUUACAUUCAUAAGGUAUCAAUCUUAUUGUAUGCAGACUGACUCAGAUUAGAUGGGAAUUACAACAUUACUACUACUAUUGUGUACAUUCAUAGAGUAUAAAUUGUGUUGUUCUUGUAUUGAUUAACACAGGCUUAUGCUUAAAAUUUGCAGUCACAUUCCCAAGAAGGCAGAAAAAAUUCAGCUAAACCCAUUAGGAUUUAAAACCAAGGAGAGAUGUUGAAUCAGAAUGGCAAUCAGAUUAAUUAUAAUACUGUAGAGUGGAGAAAAGGUUUACACACAAGAGAAUAUGGUCUUGGAUAGAAUUCAUGGAGGGCCACACGUUAGACAGAUAGAGGCAAGGAAUUGACAGUGUGGACUUCAACUCCAAGAAUUCCUCUUGAAUAACAGGCUUUUGAUUGACUAGCUUGCAAGUAUGUACUCUGGAUAUAAUGAAAUAAUGUUGGCUUAAUAAAAAUUAUGUGGAGUGCUUGCAAAUAUACAGUAUUCCCUAAGGGAUGGGAAUAUUCAUGAUUUUUGCUUAAGUCACAGUUUUUUUUUCAGCUGAGGAUGUUUGCUUUGCCAUGUUUAUUUGACAUUGAAAGAAUUAAGAGAAAGGAGUAUAAGGUAUGUUUGCCACCUUGAAUUAUUUCCUAAAUUAAUAAAACUGGGAUAAAAAAUUAGCUAUUGUAAUGCCCUAAGUUUUAUUGCAAUGUCCUUAAUUUACUAGGUAAACUUAGUUUGAGAACUGAUAUCCUGAGGAAUAUCCUUUCAGCUGUUCAGUUCUUGUUUGCAAUUACUAACUCUAUUGGCAUCCAGGUGUACUUAGGAUAUGCCUUGUUUUACAUAGGAGAUGCUGAAAUGUUAGUGUUCAUUCUUCUUAAAAAAUAACAUACUUUUCUGUUUAUUGUAACCACACUGCCAUAUCUUUUUGUCCAUUAAUUAUAAUUUUCCCCUUAAUUUUAUAGUGUUACUUCAAUGGCAAAGGAGGCAGGAUGUAACUGUCAGUAAAAUUAUGUUUUUUUUUAAAUUAUGUAUUAUUUGCAUUCAGUCCUUGUAUAGGCAAAAAAAAUGCAGUACAAUGUUAUUUUCCUUUAUAUACAUGUAUAAAUUAAGGCAGCAAGCAAAAAUUGAAGCUAUACAGGAUAACUUUGUGAAAUAAUUCAGAGAUGCAAAAUUUACUUUUAACUUUUGGACUCAAUGUUUAAUACUGUAAUUAUUUGGGAAAGCCUUAUAUAGGAAUAUUAAAAUAGCACAUCUGAUUAUUUAAAACAAAAUCUCUUAAAAGGGCUGUAUUCCACCUUAAGCAAUUGUCUGUAUGGCCUUUUCUGAUAUUGGGUAUAUAUUUUACACUGUAUCUGAUUUGUGUCUUUCAUAAUGUGAUGGAAUCAUGCAUGCUAGUAUUAUUAGGCAGUGAAAAUCCUUUGGUCAGUAGAUUUAUUCCAACAGAAUUAGGGAACUGGGGAUCUACAAUCCUUCAAAGCAGUUAAGUAGUAAAAGCACUAAACUAUAAAUACUCGUAUACUCAGAACAUUUGUUCCAUAAAGUGAAGUUUUGUAUACUAGAUAUUGGCAAAAAUAUAAUCUUAAAUAGAAAAGUUUGUUCAAGAAUUAAUAAAUGAAUGAACCUGAUUUGUUUCUAUAGCAAACAUUUAAAAAUGAAGUUGUGUGUUAUAUCCAAAUGUUUAUGUACAAUAUCCAGAUAUUUUGGUAAUGUUUUGACGAUGAUGGGGACAGGAAUUCUGGAUACAGCAGUUGAGGAAGACUGCUAGAAGAACAUGUACAACUGCCAAUUAAAUAAAUAAAAACAUAAAUACAUAAGCCCAAUCAUUUCAUGAAUAAAGCACUAGUGGUAAGCUGA